AUGUCCCGGAGAGGGGACGGCGUCUACAUCCCGGAUGACUCCGAUUUCCGCUCGUUCCAGGAGCAGUGCGAGAGCCCCGACGGCUGGCAGAGCCAGUUCAGCCACGGCGGGGUGACGGUGUGGAGCCAGAGCCCCCAAGACGAGGCGCGCACCGUACAGAAGAUCAAGAUGCGGAUCUCGUGCCGGGACGUGGCGGCCGAGACCCUAUACGACGUGUUGCACGAUAUCCACUAUCGCCCUAAGUGGGACUCGCAUAUGAUCGACACGUUCGACAUUGGGCGGCUGACGGCCAACGCCGACGUGGGCUACUACUCCUGGCGCUGCCCCAGCCCGCUGAAGAACAGAGACUUUGUGACUCUUCGGUCCUGGCUGCCCUUAGGACAAGACUAUAUCAUCGUCAACUACAGCGUUAAACACCCGAAGCACCCCCCUCGAAAGGACUUCGUGCGGGCCGUGUCCCUGCAGACCGGUUACCUGGUCAAAGCCAGCGGGGGCGGAGGCUGCGUCCUCUACUACCUCAGCCAGGUGGACCCCCGAGGGUCGCUGCCCAAGUGGGUGGUCAACAAGGUGACCCAGCUAAUGGCCCCAAAGGCCCUGAAAAAGAUCUACAAGGCGGGCCUGAAGUAUCCCGAUUGGAAACGGAAGCACAGUCCGGGCUACAAGCCCUGGCUUUUCCCGGAGCAGAACACGCUGCCCACCUUGAGCCUGGCCGAGCUGGCUCUGCAGCACGCAGACUCCCUGGAGGCCAUCGACGAGAGUGGCGUUGUCGAAGAGCGCGCUCCCCACAGCGCGGACCCCAAGGAGGAGCCGCGGGAGGCCUGACCGCCCUCCCCAACACCUCCGAGUUCACUCCUGUCCAGAGUGAACCCCCCUCCCACUGUCCUAUCCUCUCUAGGAGACCCUCCCCUGAUCAGCCCCACCCUC